UAAUAUAGCACAUGGGGUAACGUGCCACAUGAGGUAAUAAUAAGUCUAAGUUUUUGGUUAGAGCAGUGUAUAUAACACACUUGGCAAUGUAGCAUAUGGUUCAAUAUAUGACAUAGGAUAAUGUGGCACAUAGAUGAAAAAGUCUUUCUUAAUUUUUAAAUAAUGAAAAAUAUAUCUCUAAAAGUUUCAAUAUUUUCUAGGGUUGGACAAUUAAUUAGUACUAAGGCAGUUGGACGGUGGGAACGAGAAGAUAUAACCCACACUUAUAAAUAUCCUGAAAAGUCUGAAGAAGAGAGAGCAACCAUGCUGAAGGCGUUGCGCCAAAGCGAAUCCUUAUUUAGUCGUUAUUAUCUCAAUGAAGAAUUUAACGACAUAAUGUUUAAUUUUGAAUUACGAGACGAUAUCGUCAUUGGAGAACCAUUCAGCGUCGAAUUGAGAAUGAAGAAUUUCAGUCAUGUCGAGGAAUAUCGAGUUACUGUAAUUUUGAGAGUGGAGACUGUUACCUAUACAGGAAAAGUAGGUAGUGAUGUGAAGAGAUUGGAUACCGAAGUAUUAGUCAAGCCCAGAGAUGUGGAGGAUGUUCGAUUGAGUGUUUCAUGGGAGGAAUAUUCACCAAGAUUAUUGGACCAAUCUGCCUUUAAUAUUGCUUGUCUUGCUACAGUUCAUGAGACCAAUUUUGAAUAUUUUGCUCAGGAUGAUUUCAGAGUCAGGAAACCAGAUAUCAAAAUUCAGUUGGACGAAGAAGCAAGAAUAGGAGAAGAACUUCACGUAAUGGCCGAAUUCUACAAUCCUUUACCAAUUCCUCUCAAGAAAGGAACUUUUAUCGUCGAGGGUCCUGGAUUAUCCGAGCAAUUAAAAUUGAAACUUUCCGAAAAUGUUGAGGUCGGUGAAUCGGCAAAAUGUUCAUUUUCGUUGACUCCUGAAUUGUUAGGAAAAGCCACAAUUGCCAUAAAAUUUUUUUCAAAAGAAUUAGAUGACGUCGAUGGUUUUAAAGAAUUUAUGACUAAGCCCAGAAAGUACACGAGUAAUGGUAACUAGGGAAUUAAAAAAGAUUUUUAAAUUCAUUUUAGUAUUAGGCGAAAGUAUUUCAAAAUCUAUACACUGAACUCCCGAUAUAAGAACGGUGUCAGCAAUGGCUUGAAGUGGCCUUGAUCCUAAAUCAAGGGAGUCCAAACGUAAAAAAGCAGGGUCGCAUGAAUAAUUUCUGUUGGAUUUGGACGCAUGAUGCAAUCUGAUGUGUCUCAUCACCAAAAUGCGGAGGCCCUCAAUUCAAAGAAUGUCGUAAACCGGGGUCUUUUAUAUCGGGAGUUUAGUGUAUUUCUAUUAUUAUUGUAACAACUGUGUUGGUGCCAAUUUAGAUUUCUCUGUGUGCCAGUUUAAAUGUUGAGCGUAAAAGUAUUUUUUCUAUUAAAAAGAAAAGUUUAUUUAAUAUUGCAAUGAGAUUGUCUGCGUCGUUAUGAAGCCAAAGUUUUUGAUAUUGAUAGAAAAUACGUAGUUGUUAGUUAUCGAAAAUUAUAUUUUAUUAUAGAGGUUUAUCACUUGAAGUAUUGUCUUACUUCAGUAUUUUAUUUUUGAGAGAAGAAAGUAUUUU